AUGGCCUCAUGCUCAUCUAUGAAUGAGUAUUUUCAACGGAUGAAAGAUCUUGCGGAGCAACUUAAUGACGUCGGUCACCCGGUUAGUGAGUCUCGGUUGGUUCUUCAAAUGGUUACGGGUCUCCCUCAAGAAUAUGACACCGUCGCCUCCUUUAUCACUCAGGCCGAUAAGUCAUGGGAUGAUGCUAGAGAGAUGAUUGAUCGUGAGCAAUGGCGACAGGCUGCUCGACAACAAACCCAUUCGGCCCUCACUGCUUCCCACGGCACCCCUCAAAACACUACCAAUAAUAACCCCAACCCCAACACUUCCAACCCACCACCCCCUCAACCUAAACGGCUUUCGUUUGUUAGUUCUAAUUCAUUUACAUAUGCACCUUUUGAUAUUGUUCACUGCGAUUUGUGA